GCGCUUUUACUGUAUCUCUGUCGGAACUCAGUUGACCUCAUAGAUAUUAAUACAUUGUGGUAAUAGGAUUGUCAGGGGUGCGUUGAGGAGAGCAUAGUGUUCAUUCAAUCCCUCUUUCCUAGUCAGCACGAGCCUGUGUGAGAGACAAAUCGUUUCAGUGCCCUGCAAGAUGGCCUCCAGGCAGACCAAGCACAUUAUCCGAAGAUAAUGGUGCCCUGCCCUGCGAUGGCAGCCAAAGCCUUUUCAGCACCAACCUCCCCAGGGCUGACCGAGGCAGAGAGGAGGAUGAAGUCCCCAUUCGAGAGGAUGGUCUAUGACAUGACCCACAACGAGCGCAUGGGCAACGAUCUGUUGCUGGAACGGAGGGUGGGUUUCUACGAGCUGCGAGGAGAGAUAGGACAGGGAAACUUCUCCCACGUCAGACUGGGCAUCCAUGCCUUGACCCAAGAGCGGGUGGCCAUCAAAGUCUUGGACAAGACCCGUCUGGCCAAGAAGAGCCAGUCCAUGUUCACCUCUGAGAUCAGCUGCAUGGAGUCCCUAUGCCACCCCAACAUCGUGCGUCUCUACGAGGUGAUGGAGACCAGCCGGAAGCUGUACCUGGUGAUGGAGUACGGCAGUGGUGGAGACCUGUACACCCGACUCACCACCAGGGGCAAGCUGGCCGACGCGGACUCCAAGAAGAUCUUCGCUCAGGUCAUAUCUGCGGUCAAGUACAUGCACGACAAAAACAUUGUCCACCGAGACCUCAAGGCAGACAACAUCUACUACACCACCAGCUACUGCAUCAAAGUGGGCGACUUUGGCUUCAGCGUGCAGAGCGACCCCGACCAGGUCCUCACCACCUUCUGCGGCUCGCCCCCUUACGCCGCCCCUGAGCUGUUCCAGGACCGCGGCUACGAAGGCCGCUACACGGACACCUGGGCCCUGGGCAUCCUGCUCUUCUUCAUGGCGACGGCCACCAUGCCCUUCCUGGGGGCCAGCAUGAGCAAGCUGAAGCGCAGCAUCCUGGCGGGCUCCUACACCAUCCCCCCCUGCGUCCCUGAACCCUGUCAGCAGAUCAUCAAGGGCCUGCUGCGGCCCGUCGCCACCGACCGCACCUCGCUCCCCGCGGUGAUGGCCAGCCACUGGCUGGGUGGCAUCGAGAGCCCGCGGGAGUACGCCAACCUUCCCCUCGCGCCCGCCCACUUCGCCCAGGGCUCGCCGGACCUGGGCGUGGAGGAGCAGGAGGUGAAGGGCCUCAUGUCGGACCUGGGCAUCUUGGCCGUGCACCUCCGGAACAAUCCGUGCGCGGACGCUCGCAGCCCGCUGACGGGGACCUACCGGAUCCUGCUGCACCAGGUGCAGAAACGCCGGUCGCUGGAGGCCUUGAACUACGUCACGGCGCAACGUCCCGGGGAGUACGGAGCUCAGAAGCCCACUCCUGUUUGUGCCGUACUGUGAGCUGCCCCCUUGUGGCCAUAGAAGGGACUUGGCAGGGCAUUCCGACCGCACCGUAUGCAAACUGAAUUUACAGGCUUUGCACGUGAGCUUGCGUCCAAUCGGAUGCUUCGGGUGCAGUUUGAAAUGAUGAUGGGAUCUAAGCGUGAAUGGAUUUCUACCUCAGUCUACUGUCGGUUUCCAGUAAAAAAAAAACUUGUUUGGGUAUUUGCAUGAAUAUGAUGAGAUGGAGUUUGACUCUCAUUGGAAAUACAUUUUUGGAGUUUUAAUUCAUCACAUUCAACCAAUGAACGUUCUUUAACUGAAGCAUUCAUAUAUUUCAAAAAUAAAUAUUGAAAUCCACUGCAGGUAAAGCCACAAUAUGUAGUUGCAUUUGUAUUUAUUUUUUGCUGUAUCAGAAGGUAGACAUUAGUUAGCGAGAACAUUGUAGAAUCAGGAGAAGCAACAGUCAAUGAAGCAGUCUUCAAGUCUUCAACACAAAAUCCAGCAAUGCCUUUAUUGAAAUAGGUCCUCAUAACCUGUUUGCAAUAACUGUGUGCAUUAUGUGUCUUGUAAA